CAAGCGAACAGAGGCAUCCUAGCACGCAGUGCACACGCACAUGAUCCGCAAGUUCGUCGUUUGUAGUGGGCACCACGCUCGUUUAAUAUCUUUUCUUUCUCUUCUUCUUCGUGUUUUUUAUUUUGUGUGUGUGUAUGUGUGUGUAUAUGUGUGAUAUAGCAGUAGUUGACGACAAUUGCCUUCGGCGAGGCCGUUCAGGUGAACAGGUGCACAUAACAUCAUCGGACCUUCGGGGUGUCAAGCCAAUAGAGCUCGGGGUAAACAAUAGAUUGUGAGGGGGUUGCGCAUACGGACAGACAAGGGUGCGCAUAUCCAAUUCGCGAAUAUACGCCGAAACUCUUUUAUGCAGUGCGGACAGUUUAGUUAACGAACACAGUGGCUGCCGCACAUCUUCAGGAGGUUCGCUCACCGGCGAAUCUACGGACAUGUGUUGUUAGCUCCUUACCCCUGUUUACUCAGAUAAGAAACAUGUCUUCAAAAAGAAAGUCUCCGCCAACUAAACUACAAGAAGGCACCUCCGCGGAAGCACCUCCAUUGAUCCAACCGAACUUGGGCAGCGGCAGCGACGGUGGGGGACUAACAGACCUCGACGAAACGAGCAGCAACAACCUGAGUGACAUCUGCGAAGAAGACACCAACACGACCAUGGUGAACACAUCUUCGACCUUUUAUAAGUUAUCGGAAUCGUCCUCACCGAGUGGAUGCGGAAGUGAACUCGACGAACCGCUCGACGAGGAUCACAUCCCGUCAAAAACCGCGAAAAUUUCGUCAGGUGACGGGACUCACGCGAUGAUGACAUCGGUGUCGCCAUGCAUAUCGGCUCUGUCUCUUCACAACGAGGAGGUGGAGAGGCGGAGGAAUUCAUCGGAGUGUAGUUCGCCCAGUUCGGACAUUAAAAGUAAUUUUCACUAUAAUAAUAAUAACAAUAGUUUAAUGAAUAACAAUAGUUCCUUACAUCCGUUGAAACGGUCUAUGGACGAUGUGCUCAAAAGGCUCACGUCGAAGAUCAGUAAUAGUUCGGUAAGGGAGGAGAGAAGGCCUACGCCAUCGUCGACGCCUAACUCCCAUAACUCUGACGUUGAACCAACUUCAGCCGCAAUCCAACAAGCUCUCUCCGGUGAUAAUUUAAUGGAAAAAGACCGUAAACUAUCAGAACUGAUCGUGCAGCUUCAAAUGGCCCGCGAGCAGCUACUCAUCCAGCAACAGCAACAGCAGCAACAGUUCCAGCAACAACAGGAAGCCAACAAGUCGGCCAGUAUCCCAUCCCAACUUAGCGAGACCCAGAAACAGCUGGAGUCCCAGAGGAGACAACAGGAGCAACUUUUGCACCAUCAACAGAAACUCCAAGAGCUCCAAGGACAGAUUUCGGCACAGUAUCCAGGUGGUGGAGCUGUUGGUCCUCAGGGGCUAAUGUUUCACAGUUUCCUGGAACAACUCUCUAGGGGGCUUCAUAAUUCUUCUGCUCAACCUUUAGUCGCUAAGAGUCCCUUAACAAAUCAUAUGCUACCACCGCACCAAGUCCCCAACUGGAUCUCAGCAGCAACAUCAGCCGCUCACUUAGCACAAAUUCAGCAGCAACACCAUCAACAGCAACAACACCUUAAUUCACAGUCAUUAAACAACACCUCCGAACGUCACACCCCACCACAAAACAACCCCUCACCACCACCACCUCCGCCAUCUGAUCCAGACGCACCAUUAAAUCUAUCCAAGCCAAAAUCCUCAAUGACCAAUGCUGGAUCGGGAGGAGGAGGAGGAGGAGGAGGAUCGAGUCCUCAAGCCCCUCCAGCCACGUCCAGUAGCCAUCAACACCGCCAAAGCCUCAACGAUCAGCCAGUAGCGGCAACCGUUCCCAGGUUGUUGCCUCCCAACUUGAUGAUGCCAAAUAGAGCGUUCCUGAAUUACGCCGGGUUGCCCCCUACGUUUCCGGUUCCUCCUGGGAUGGAUGGCAGGAUGAAAGGGAACGAAGUGCGGCAACAGAAUAUGGAUAAACAGCCUCACUUUCCACCUUUGCAUAUGUACGCGAUGCCAGCCCCACCUAAUUUGGGCGGCAGGCCUAAGGAAGGAGAGGGAAUUAAGGAAGAGACUGAUUUUCUUAAUGCUUGUCAAUUAUGGGGUGCACCAGAUCCAAAUUAUAACGAGAACUCGGACAAGGCCAAGAUAAUCAGGCAGCAAUCGUCGAAACGGGAAAGCGAAAAUAAGCCACACAUUAAAAGGCCGAUGAACGCUUUUAUGGUGUGGGCCAAGGACGAGCGGCGAAAAAUUUUAAAAGCCUGCCCUGAUAUGCACAAUUCGAAUAUUUCAAAAAUUUUGGGAGCCAGGUGGAAGGCGAUGUCCAACUCUGAAAAGCAACCUUACUACGAGGAACAGUCGAGGCUGUCCAAAUUGCAUAUGGAAAAACAUCCCGAUUAUAGAUAUCGUCCAAGACCAAAACGCACCUGCAUAGUAGACGGCAAAAAGAUGCGCAUCUCAGAGUACAAAAUGUUAAUGCGUCAACGACGCCAAGAGAUGCGUCAGCUAUGGUGCAGAGACAGCGCCGAUAUGAACUUUAGCAUCUCCUCGUCGGAGCUGACCUCAUCUGCACCGAGUUCAGCAUCUGGCCGACCCUCGAUGACUCCACCCCUGAUGAUGAACGGAGCGGGUCCCAGCUCGGAUAGGGGAUACUUUUACCCUCAAGACAGUCCGUCUCCUGACGCUUUAAAUUUUUCCCAUGACAGAAGCGCCUACGAUUCGACUAGUCCAAGGCACGAUGACGAAUGAGCCUGGCCUAAUGGGGAAGUUACUUUCCCGGGAUGGUUUUAAAUUUGUUAAUUUUGAUUAUUGAUUUUGGUUGAUUGAACUGAGUAGAUGGGUUUAAAAAGCUUUGAAUUUAAUAUCUUAAGAAAAAAUUACUUGCGUUUAAAAAAGUUCUUGUGGUAGUCUGUCUGGGAACUUUGAUGUUUCGUGGAACUAAAAACCUCUUUAUAGUAUUUUUAGAAGGAAGGUCGAGCAUAUUAAAAAUUAGUAAGAGAGGAAAGGAAGAUAUUAUUAACAUAAUGAUCCUGUAGCUUCUCAGGUCAUUGCUGCAGUCAGCAACUUCGAGGGCUUGUGAUGACUUAAUCUGAAAUAAUAGAUAAUGGCUUUAGAGUAUUACAGCGUUGAAAGUUCUGAUUAGUUUCUGGGUCGAAAGAAUAGUUUUCAAGGCUGGAUUCUAGAUUAGCCUCUUUGAAGAAAAACAAGAAAGUAAUAGGAAAGUUUUGUAGAAAUUUUAUGAAAGAUCUUCUCAGUUGGCUGUUUUAUAUUUGGAGGCCCUACAAGAAUAAAUUUUUUGGAUUGCGGAAGGUUCAAAUGUAUAGUAUAAGGUCCAGGAUUUUAAAAAUAAGUUUUCCUUUCUUCACUAUGGUUCUUUGUGAAGAUUCACAAUCUUUUUAUGACUGCAAAAAACCGAUCCUUAGUUUUUCUGACGUCAGGAUCUGACGAGCUUUUGCGGACUUCUAUUGGAGUAAAAAAUUGCGUUAAAAGUUUUGGCUAGUUUCUGAGCUAAAAGGAUAAUUUUUUGAGGCUGUAUUUUGAAUUAGACAUUUUUCUAAAGAAAGAAAUGGGUUUUCAAGUCAAAUAUUGACUCUGAAAGUGUUCUUGUGACAACUUAGAUUUUAACUUCUGCAACACACGUCCCAUGAUUUUUUCAAUAGCUGUCAAGAUACUGUUCGGGCUCAUUACUGACCUGAUGGCUAAAGAGUUUGAGACCCUGGGUGAUUGCUGGAUUGAAUAAAGGAUUAAUGAAUCCAUCCUUACAAGACGGAUUCGGGAUAAGGUCUUUUUCUGACACUUUUUGGAAUAGGGGAGAGAAAUUCUCUGAUUUGACGGUUGAGGACUGAGAGUUUGGACAAUUGAAGGUCCAGGACGAAUUUUCUUGAAGUGGAAAAUAUUGGACGGAAGUUCUUUAGAAAAAAAGGUUGGGGAUCAUCAGAGGGGAAUUUCCAUGAAGAUCUUGGAAUGGGUUUCGAUCUGCAAUGUCAUAAAGGCUAAUUUCAUGCUGGUUACAUCCUCAGUAGAUGUAUUAUGUUUAGUUUACAUUUCGGAGUUAAAAAUGCAUAUUUUACUUCUAUGCAAGGUAGCUUUAGAUAAAAAUGUUGUCUUUUUAUAGUCUUAAUAUUUAUUUAAAACUAAAUAUUAUAUACUGCUUAAACAUUAGCUUCUUUGAACAUUUUGACACAUAAAACUAUAAAUUUUAGCCUUGAGAAAUAUGUUUUUAAACCCAUCUACAAAUUUAAAACACAGGGCAAGAGAAUAUAAAAAACCAGAGCGAAAACAAAAAGCCAAAAGACUUUUGUAUAUAUUGUAAAUAGAUUUUAGUGUUAUAUAUGUAUUGUUACAUAGUCAUAUCCAAUAUAGUCACGAGUUAUUUAUUUGUUUUUAUUACGUUUUAGUUGUUGUAAAUUAACUAAAUCUUAGGCUUGUCAUGCUCUCUCUUUUGUUAUUAUUUUUGUAACUCUAUCUACGUAUCUUUUUUUGAAAGAUUACUAUUAUUAUUGUACAAUGUUGUAAAUUGUAAAAAAAAAUUUAGUUUUGACAGUAUUUAUUAAAAAAUAUGUAGGGGGUUAUUAAGGUACUUAAAAAAUAUUUCUUUAAACAAGAAUUAUUGUGCAAUGUAAAUUGUUAAUGUUUGUAUGUUUUAAUAUAUAGUAUAAAGCCAGUAAUGUUAGGUUCAUAUAGCUCAUCUAUUUAUUUCAGCGAUUUUUUUGUAUAGACAUCACAUUAGUUUAUUUUUAAAUAAUUUAAUUGUUUUCUUUUUUUGCAAUUAUGUAAAUAGGUAUUACAUAAUGGACCCAGUGGCAGCUUCUAGUUAUUUUUCUUUAAUCAUUAAAAAAAGUAUUACAGGCAAUUAUGUAUAUUCCAAAUACAUUUUAUUUGAAAUUAUUAUAAAAUGGACUAUAAACCUAAUAAAAAAUUAAUUAACUUUUUCCUUUAUUAGUACAUCAGCAAGCUUUAAAUGAAUGUAAAGAGGUAAACUAAUUAUUAGACAUAUUAUAAAUUGUGAUACCUGAUAUUUUAUUAAUUAGGUAUACCGUGUAUAGUUAGCAUGUAUCUAAUAAUAAUUUAAUAUUGGUUCUCGAACGGUUGUUGUUUUGGUAUCGAUGAUUUUGAGCAGCAUAAGUGUAUAAGCAUUUAAAGUAUUCCUUAUAAUGCUAAAUAUAGGGCUAGUGAAUAUUAUGAAAAAAGGGCCUUGCCAAAAAAUUUAAAUACCUUAAUAAUAGUUAUGAUUUGUCAUGCACGUUAUUAUUUAAAACGGUAUUUAAAUUUCUUUAUAUAUGCCUGAUAAACUGUAAUUUUUCCCAAAAAAUAUUUAAUGAAACUAGCAGAAGUAUAUGGAUUUCUGAAACUGAACUUUAGGAUAUAGAUUCAUUGUUCUUUCUUGUGCCAAAAUAAAUUGAAAUAAAGGAUGGAAAAUGUA